AUGGCUUUCAUUAAAAUUUACAUCUCUUUCUUGUUGAUCAGUUCCACUUUAUCACAAUGGCCCUACGCACCAAAUCAUUGGUAUGGAGCUAACCAAGGCAACAUUAGAUCUGGUAUUGUGCCUGACUACAAUCCGGUGCCGAAUGUUCAAGGUGGAACUUUAGCACCUCACAUCUGCGGUUUUAAUACUUUCACGAGGUAUGGAAUUACUCGAAAAUCGCUUCCAAAAAACUUCUUGACUUUAGAAAAUGCAUGGAUCCCGAAGGUUAUUGCCCUGGUCGAUGUAUGA